AUGACUAAUGAGAUGGAACUAAAUAUUGAACCUAUCAGAUUUUUUCGUCCAGGCAACCCUUCAACUCGAGCUCACCCGUUAAAAAUCACUCUCAAUGAUACAGAAAAUGUAUUUAACGUUUUACGUGCUCAAUCUAAUAUCCGUUCUUCAGAUGAAUUUAAAGAAUUACGCUUCUCUUCGGAUCGCACUUUGAAACAACGCGAACAAAUGUCUACAUUACGUCAAGAGCUGGAAACUCGUCGGAGUAACGGCGAAAACAAUAUUAUUAUUAAAUAUAUUAAAGGCAACCCAGUUAUUAUUAACAAUUCAAAAAACUAA